CUUCUAGGUAGCAUUCACACCUGCCACUCCUCCCUUCUGCUUGCCUGCUCCCUAUUCCUCAUCACUUCUGACAUUCCCGCAAGGUCGAGCUCGUACGGCCAUUAGCCUCUGUGCUCGCGCAACCUUCUGCUUCCACGCUCUCCUCGUCCUAGAGCCGCCGCCAUGAGGAAGCAGCUGGAUCCGCGGAUCCAGACGCUGAUCCGCACCAAUGUGGCCACGCACCAUCGCUCCUUCUUCGUCUUGGUCGGUGAUCGAGCUCGCGACCAGGUCAUCAACUUGCAUCUCCUCCUCUCACAAGCUCGUCAUACUGCUCGUCCGAAUGUGCUGUGGUGUUACAAGAAGGACCUAGGUUUCACCACUCACAGGAAGAAGCGCGAAGCCAAGAUCAAGAGGGAUAUCAAGAGGGGCAUCAGGGAAAAGGGUGACAGUCAAGAUCCCUUUGAGCUCUUUGUGGGGACUACCGACAUCAGGUAUUGCUACUACAAGGACACCCCCAAGAUUCUAGGAAGGACGUUCGGCAUGCUCAUCCUGCAAGACUUUGAGGCCAUGACGCCCAACAUGCUCGCCAGGACAAUCGAGACUGUAGAAGGUGGUGGAAUUGUCGUAUUGAUGCUAAGAACGAUGAGCAGUCUGCGUCAGCUAUACUCUGUUGGUAUGGAUGUCCACUCCAAGUAUCGCUCGACAAUGGACCCAUCAGAGCCAGUGGCACGCUUCAAUGAGCGCUUCCUGCUCUCUCUAGGCGCAAAUCCGGAUACUCUCUUCCUCGAUGACGAGCUCAACGUGCUUCCUCUCAGCCGAGGCAAGGACAUCAAAGCAGGCGAGGAUCUGCCUUCGACCUCCAACCCAGACACUGUUGCGUUGACGAAGCUGAAGGAGGAAGUCGGAGAGGAAGGCGUUGGCGUCACUGAGCUCGUCAAGUCUUGCAAGACGCUCGACCAGGCCAAAUCGCUCUUGACGAUCCUUGAUAUCCUAUCGUCAUCUUCUUUGUCAUCUACCGUCUCCCUCACUGCUGCUCGCGGCAGGGGAAAAUCAGCUUUGCUCGGCCUAGCCAUGGCGGCUUCGAUUGCUCACGGCUACUCGAACAUCUUCGUUACUUCUCCCUCUCCAGAGAACCUCAAGACCCUCUUCGAGUUCUUGUUCAAAGGUCUCGAUGUUCUUGGGUACGAGGAAGUUUCUGACUGGUCUCUACAGCGAGGCACAGGAGAAUGGAAGGACGUUGUCGUGAGGGUCAAUGUGUUCCGCAAUUCGAGACAGACCAUCCAAUACAUCGACCCUGCGGAUUCGCACGUCCUCGGGCAAGCUGAGCUCGUCGUGAUCGAUGAAGCUGCUGCCAUCCCCCUGCCAUUGGUGAGGAAAUUGAUCGGACCUUACCUUGUCUUCCUCAGCAGUACGAUCAAUGGGUACGAAGGAACAGGUAGGAGCCUUUCCCUCAAGCUCAUUCAGCAGCUCAGAGAGAGCGCAAGCAAAGGCCAAGCCAUCAAGGCUGGACAGGAUGACGAGGAGGCACUGACUGUCGCAAGUACGAGUAAGAAGGGCCUUGACUCUUCUGCGCCCCCUUCAAACAGUGCGACUACACUGCGUACGCUCAAGGAGAUCACCUUGAACGAGCCCAUCAGGUACUCCCGGGGGGACAACAUUGAAUCGUGGCUUAAUCAGCUGCUCUGCCUUGAUGCUUCGCUGGCAAGUACAUCGUCCAAAAGACCGCCUACCUCUCCACAUCCUUCCAAAUGCGAUCUCUUCUUGGUCAACCGCGAUGCCCUCUUCUCCUACCACCCAGCCUCGGAGCUCUUCCUGCAGAAGAUGAUGGCGCUCUAUGUCUCGAGCCACUACAAGAACUCUCCGAAUGAUCUGCAGUUGAUGUCAGAUGCUCCUUCGCAUAGGCUCUUUGUCCUCUUGGGUCCUCCUUCUGAAGGAGGUGGACUUCCCGAACCUCUUGCGGUCUUGCAGGUUUCCCUAGAGGGUAACAUUGCUCGGCAGUCUGUCCUCUCCUCUCUGUCUCGAGGAGAGCGCUCGUCCGGCGACCUCAUCCCAUGGACGCUGUCGCAGCAGUUCCAAGACUUUGACUUUGCGUCUCUCAACGGAGUACGCGUGGUACGCCUGGCAGUCAAUCCACAAUAUGCUCAAAGCGGAUACGGCAGCAGAGCGAUCGAGUGUCUGAGGAGCUACUUUGCUGGUGAACUGGCAGACGAAGACGCCAUCGCCGAGCGGGAAGCGAAGGCGCUUUCAAGUGGCGAAGAAAGCUUCUCUGCCAUCGCUGCUAGGUCUUCGAAGACUGCUGGUGGGGACAGCCUACAGUCCGAGACCAUUGCUCUCCGCGAUGCCGCCCGUAUGCCUGCUCUGCUACAGCGCCUCUCAGACCGCAGGCCGGAGCAGAUCGACUGGCUGGGUGUCUCAUUUGGCCUCACGCCGCCGCUGUUCAGAUUCUGGAAGAAGAAUGGCUAUACACCCCUCUACAUUCGUCAGACCGCGAAUGACCUGACGGGAGAGUACACUACGGUCAUGUUGCGUGGUCUCACCCCUUCUGCAUCAGGCUCAGGUGACCUUGCCUGGCUUGGCGAAUUCGCAAAGGACUUCCGCAGACGUUUCAAUAGCCUUCUCAGCUUCAGAUUCAGGGACUUUGCUGCUAGCUCAGCGUUAAGUAUCCUCGAAGCCGCCACUUCUGGUGUUCGUGCCACGGCCACCGCAGAGGCGGACGAGAAUGACAUUCUGACCGCUCAAGAAAUCCACCACUUGCUCACUCCGUUUGACCUCAAGCGGCUCGAGGCAUUCGGGAACAACAUGCUGGACUACUCGGUCGUAUUGGAUCUCUUCCCACCUCUUGCAUCCCUCUAUUUUGCAGGCAGGAUCCGCUCCAGCGAUGAGGAUGGAGAUGCUUCUGGUGCAGCAGGCGUGCCAUCGCAGCCAGAAGCAGAGCUGCCUAUCCUCAAGCUCUCAGCACUGCAGGCGGCGUUGCUCCUUUCCAUUGGUCUGCAGCGUAAGGAUCCAUCGGACGUAGCUGGUGCCGAAUUUGGCCUGCCCGUACAGCAAGGAGUAGCACUGCUAGCCAAGGGGGUGCGUCGCAUUCUCCUCUGCCUGCGCAGGGUUGAGAGGAGAGAAGUAGGUCAGGGCGUUAUACUGGAGCAAGAAGCGGCAAGACGCGCUGCGCCUGCAUCAAACAAGCUUGGCAGGAAGAUCGGUAUGAGUAUUGAGGAGGAGCUGGAAGAGGCUGGCAGACAAGAGAGUAUCAGGAGGAAAGCUGCCGAGCAGCAAGCUCGACCUCUCACCGCGAUAGAGGCAGAGGACGAGGACGACGAGGAAGACGAAGACAUGGACCUCACGGCUGCUUCGGCAUCCCUGCUUCCUGCUUCGGCCCCGCCAGCAGCAGCAGGGCUAGACGCGUCCGAUCUAUCGGCAUUUGACGUCUCUUCUCUCCCUGCUGGAGGGUGGGAGGAAGCCGAAGCCCGAGUCAGAGCACUCCAGCGCGCCCGUGAAGAAGGUCGGAGCGAGGAAGAAAUCAAGAGGCUCAGUACGGUCGUGAGUGUGAGGAAAGCAGGUGAAGAGAGUGGGGGUCACCGGGAGCGGACUGGCAGUGGGGCGAAUGGCGCUGGGAAGAAACGAAAGGACGCUCGAGGGGGAGGUGACGGUCGAUCUAAGAAGGGCCGCAAGUAGCCAGUUGUACUGUUCUAGCUAUCGAAGACCAAAGUUUUGCUCUGUC